GCUGGCUCGCGGCGCGCGCGGGAACCAACGGGCCUGUCCCGGGACAGCCGUGCCCCUCCCCUGCCGCUGACGUCACAGCGAGUCGAGGGGAUGCCGUCGGGGGCAGAGGUGACGCCGCCGGGACCCGAUGACGGCGACUGGUCGGCCCGGCGUCUGCUGCAGCCGCCAGAGCUGGACCGGGAGCCGGAGCAGGAGCUGGAGCAAAACAGCGCCAGCGGCCAGGGAAGCCUACGCCUGCCCGACGGCGUAAAGCACGUGCCGUUCUCGGGCCUGAACAUUUCUUCAGGCGUCAAUGGCGUCACAUACCAGCACACGGUCGGUGGGUUCGACAGCACCGGCGACACGCCCGUCAUCAGGGUGCGCAACCGGAUGAGCACGCGCAAGCUGCGCAAGCGGGUCGUUUUUAAGAACGGAGACCUGAACGUGGUACAGGGCAACCUCUCGAAGCGGAGGCGGCGCUACUUAGCCGACAUCGUCACCACGCUGGUGGACAUCAAAUGGCGCUGGACGCUGCUCAUCUUCAGCCUCAGCUUCGUCCUCAGCUGGCUGCUCUUUGCCGUACUCUGGUGGCUGAUCGGCAUCGCGCAUGGCGACUUCGAGAAGGACAACAUCGAGGACCCCGACUGGCACCCCUGCGUGCUCAACGUCAAGGACUUCACCGGCUGCUUCCUCUUCAGCCUGGAGACGCAGCACACGAUCGGCUACGGCUACCGCUACAUCUCGGACCAGUGCACGGAGGCGGUGAUCCUGCUCUGCGUGCAGAGCAUCGUCGGCCUCGUCAUCCAGGCGCUGAUGGUCAGCAUCGUGUUCGCGAAGCUGGCCCGGCCGAAGAAAAGGGCGCAGACGCUGCUGUUCUCGCGCAGCGCCGUCAUCUGCCAGCGCGACGGCAGGCUCUGCCUCAUGUUCAGGCUGGGCAACAUGCGCACCUCGUCGCUGAUCGGCGCCACGGCGCGCGGCCAGAUCAUCCGGAAACGGGUCACCCGAGAGGGCGAGACCCUCCAGUUCGACAUGGAGGAGCUCAACCUCGGUCCUGACGACGGCCAAGACAGCAUCCUCUUCAUCUGGCCGCUGAACGUGGUACACACGAUUGACGAGCGCUCGCCGCUGUACCACAUGUCAGCCGAGGACCUGCUGCACAAGGAGCGUUUCGAGAUCGUAGUUAUGUUGGAGGGCACCACCGAGUCCACAGCCAUGACGACCCAGGCGCGCAGCAGCUACAUCCCCAGUGAGAUCCUCUGGGGCCACAGAUUCGAGCCCAUUAUCAACUUCAAGAAGGACACGGGCACCUAUUCGGUGGACUACAGCCGCUUCAACAGCACGUACCAGGUGGACACGCCGCUGUGCAGCGCCGCAGAGCUGGACCAGUUCCGGCGUCAGCAGACAGAGAGCGCCCAAAGUACGAGCGUGGGAACACUACAGCUGCGGACCAUGACCUCCAGCGCCGGCUUCAACAACUUCGACAUCCUGCGGCAGCAGGCCGAGCAGCGCCUGCAGCCGGAGGAUCAGUGGGACCCGGAGAAGGCCAAGCAGCGGUAACGCCUGCCUGACGACCCGUAGCGCCGCUGGCUCCGGUGUGCGGCGUCGAGCCCGCUGGCUCCGCUGUGCGGUGUCGAGCCCGCUGGCUCCGGUGUGCGGUGUCGAGCCCGCUGGCUCCGGUGUGCGGUGUCGAGCCCGCUGGCUCCGGUGUGCGGUGUCGAGCCCACAGACUACGGUGUGAGGUGUUGAGCCCGCUGACUCCAGUGUGCCGUGUUGAGCUCGCUGACUCCGGUGUGCGGUUUGGAGGAUGGGGUGGAGCCAGCACGCGAGUUCGAUGUGCGGGAUGAGGAUGACAAGCUGUCACAAGUGGGUUUUGUCCUCAUUUCCGGCGGAUGGGUGGCGUGAUGUAUUGACGAUAGGGACGAUAGUGUCCACAUGCAGGCAUCACUGCGCUGCAUGCUUCCGUAUCGUUCACGCCCUCGCCAUUGCACCAUUGAGACGACGUUUAUAUCGACACGCGACCACGAGAGCGUGCUUAUAUUUGUGUGCCACGAAAAAGGCCUCCGCCAUGGCCGUGUGUUUCCAUGUGUGCUUUUCGAGGGGCGGCAUCCGUUGAAGUUGAGCGUGCGUCGUGCCUUGCUUUACGUGGAGAGCCGCCUGUGGGCACUGCGUAAUGGCAGCCUACGGCUCAGCACUACUGUGGUGUACAAGGAUCAGUAGGAUACACAUUCCAGAAAACGUUUUGUCGAAACCUCGGCGGCUGCGAUAGCUGCUUUAAUGAUGACAUCGGUGAUCAGGACAUAUGCAAUGGUACAGUAGAAUAAUACAACGCCAUAAUCGA